AGCGAGCGAGGAGCUCGAAACUAAGCGGUCGUGUGCUUCUUGCGUUCGGAGGGGAGCCUUCACAUUUCGGGGGGAACCCCCCCAUCACCCGUCCCCCUUCUCUCCGCUCCUCAUCCCGAGGAAGAGCCCUGCUACCAUGACACUGGGGUAUCCCAGGGGGAGGACGGUAGAGUUAUGUGGGGCACCAGCCAGGAUUUGGGUCCUGUUUUGGGUAUUGGGGAUGGUGGGGUCUCCACCUUCCCCUGCGACCCCCCACAAGGCCUAUACCUUUGGGAGAAGCUUCCUGGGUUUGGAUAAAUGCAACGCUUGUGUGGGAACCUCGAUCUGCAAAAAGUUCUUCAAAGAGGAGAUCAGGUUUGAGAGGUGGCUUUCCCCACAGCUGGUGCUGCCCCCUGUCUACAGGAGGUGGUACCUGGCCAACUACACGGACGACUCUGAGAACUGGCGCCCCGUGGUCCUGUCUCGCCUCAUCUCCCAGCCUCUCCACGAGGAAUCGGACCGCUCCAUCUGCCGCUCGGCUGGGCGAGGUCACUCUUGCAGUAUCGAGGCCGUACUGAAGGCCACACCCCGUUUCCAGGACUGGGCUCAAUCUCACUUGCUGCUGCCACACAUGGUCCAGGGUCUGGCCACAGCCAUGAUGCGCUGCCCCUCCCAGCGGCUGCUGGACCGGCUGGUGCGCCGUUACGCAGAGGUUAUCGAUGCUGGGAGCGUGCAGAUGAAGCACUUUGCUGAGCGGGACAAACUGCGGCUGCUCUACACACUGGCCGUCAAUCAGCAUCCACUGUUGCUUCAGAUGUUCCCAGGGACAGAGGGCUGGCCUUUUCCCAGGUACUAUGGCUCGUGCGGAAGGAUGAUGGUGUGUGCCAGCACCAGACCCAUCAGGAAUGCGUACAGCUCCACGUUCAAGACCCGAGCAGACAUCGCCUUCCAGCUGCUUCACAUCACCCAGGGGCUGAGCUCCAACAGCCUCCAGUUUCUCCUCUACUACACCCGUGUCACCGAGGACAUGUUUGCCACUUUCGAGGAUGGGAAGCUCUUCAUUGUGGAUGCCAGCACUAUUGGCAUCAUCGAUCUGCUAGAGGGUGUCCCACCUGAGCCGGAACGGGAGGAGCGCAGGGACGUCUUCUCCUGCCUGAGCACCUCCUGCGACCGGCCCCCACCCUGCGGCUCGGUGCGCCCCUCCCAGAGCUUCUCCCUGCUCUGCCGCGACCUCCUCCCAAAACUACUGACGCCACAGGACGUGCAGGCGGGGCGUCUCCACGGAGACGCUGUCCGGCUGCUGGGGGUCUGCGCGGACAGGGGGCAGACGGACGGGAGAGCGGCAGAUGCAGCCCGCGGACUCAUGGGCCAGCUGAAAACGUUGCGGCCCUGCAGCCAGGAGUUUGGAUACCGCUACCCCGAGUGCAGGUACGGAGACGAGUUCUGAACAAGGACGCCUGGGAACAGACAGGGAAGUCUGGGAACAACGGAGGAAUAUAUUUGGCCGGAACAUGGGGACCUACUUGGACUGCGCUCAAGAUGACAAAUGGGGAGGAAAAAAGUACACUUGAAAUGCCACAUGAAAAUAAUAAUGAAACUAUGACAGAAAGUCAACCAAAGGCGGCUUUCCAAUGUAAUUAAUACAAUUCAUAUAGCCUUACAGUAGGGUGCACAUUUUUGGGAAUCCCAAAAAACCUUUUACAAUUAAUAUCUAAGUGAACAGAAGCAAACCUGACCUUUAAAGGUGGCCAGAUAAGAGUCUUUCAGGACAGCUUUUGGGAUGUUUCCCCAUUCUUCCUGGCAGAACACCUCUAGCUCAGAAAUAUUCUUCAGCCUCCUUGCAUGUAAGGCAUGUUUGAGAUCUCGCCACUGAUUUUCAAUAAUAUUCAAGUCUGCGGAUUGUAGUGGCCAUUCCAAAACCUUCAUUUGUCUUUCCUGGAGGUACUUCAUGGUUAAUUUUGAGGUAUGCUUUGAAUCAUUGUCUUGCUGGAAUUCCCAACCUCUUCAACUUCAAUAUCUCGACUGACCUUUGAACAUUAGCCUCUAGAAUUUCUUGAUAUUUGCUGGAAUCCAUUCUUCCUUCCACUCGCACAACAUUUCCUGUGCCCCCAGCUGCCACACAACCCCACAGCAUAAUGGAUCCACCUCCAUGCGUAACAGUUGGCAAUGUGUUCUUCUCUACAAAGGCUUCAACCAAGUUUGGUUAUGUCAGUCCAAAGCACAUCGUUCCAAAAGGCUUCAGGCUUCUCAAUGUUUUCUUUUGCAUACUUCAGAUGCUUAAUUUUGUGUUGAGGCCAUUCUUUCUGGCAACUCUGCCAUGUAGGCAUUGUUGUAAUCUGAACAGUUAGACCUGUAUUUGCUAUUCUUUUUUGCACUGAUGUGUGGGUUCUUCUGAGCAUUUCUCACCAGGUCUCGGGCCAUUCUAUUUGAAAUAAAUAUAUUUUGAAUAAUGUCUCUGACAGUAGUUUGAAACAUCGAUUGUUUCUUGUAGCCUUCUUCUUGGUGGAAAUGAACCAUCUUCAUUCUGAAAUCCUUGGACUACGGUUUAGAGGAACCCAUGGUUGUUAACACCAGACAGAACAGCCACUGCAGUUUGAUACUUUAGAAGCCAUGGAGUUACUUCAGAAUAAAAAGUUCAGCCAUGGAAUUGUACUCACCUGACUCAUUGAAGCUCUAACGAGUAAAUCACCUGGGUCUGGGCCUUAGUAAUCAUCUUUUUAAAAAGUAACAAACUUUUGGACAGGGUGCUCUUCCUUUUUUUUUUUUCAUAAUUUAUACAGUAAAACAGUAAGAAGUGAAAAUAAAGAACAUAAAUAAAAAGCAUUCUGCUUUAGAAAGAUUUGCAGAAAGAUCUCAUGUUUAACACUGUACCAUUUAGAGUUCAGUUCUGCUUUCGAUCACAGAUUAAUUAUAACUAACAUUUAAACUAUGGGUGCCCAAAUUUAGCACCCCAAUGUAUACAUACUUGGGAGACAGAUUCUUUUUUUUUCUUCAGUGGCUGCAACAAUGGCAAUGAGUGAGGUCUGAAGUCUCGUCGCAUUAGUGCGUUUUAUAACCUUGCAGACUUGUAAGAAUGCUAAGCAGCCAGCACCCCAGUCACAAUACGCAAGAUCGAAGUCUGCAAGGACUGAGCUCACUAGUCUGGAGUGGUCACAUUUGGAUUCAGUCAGUGUGAUUGGACACCCAUGGGGGGCAUGGGGAGGGAAAUGAAAGAUGGAGAGGCUUUGAAGCGGGACUGAACUGAACGCCCAGCUGCAGAACACUGCAAUUAUGGUGGCGGAGAGGGUUAUUGUCUACGGGACUUAUGCUGUGGACCAUUACAUACUCACAACCUAGUGGAGCAAUUCCUGUCCCCUCAACAUGCCCAAGAGAAAAUUGCCUGAAGAUGGCUGCCAACCAUUUUAAGUAAACUCUUUUCAACACAAGUGUUGAAAAGGAAUAAGGCAUGGAUGUAUUGCAUUCAAAUUGCAAUGAAUAGGUUUGCUUGCAUCUGUGCCAUUACAAAGCAAAUGUCUCAACAUGGCACUUUUUUCUAGUGACAUCCACCGUGUGUCACUAGUACACUUCAAAUGCAACAAGGUAAUUGGCCAAGAUGAAACCGUGAAUAAUUGAGCAAAUAAUAAUUGGGACAAUGUCUCACUGGCAAAUGGGCAAAUGGACAUAGGCAAAUGCCUCACUUAAACGUGGUCGUCAGUCCAAUGUAUGUACAUUUGCUACAUUAAGAUGAAGGAAAUUCGAUUAUUUCCUGGCUGUUCAUAUUACCGCUUGUACAAUAGUGCCUUGACAAAGAUGCUGGCAUGGUUCUGACAUAAUAAAAGCACAAGAAGAAGAGUG